UAGUGCAAACUACAUUUUCGGUUUGAAUAUUUUCUGGGCCAGACCUAAAAAUUUUUCGUAAUAAAACAAAUUAGUUUGUAUAAAAUUUAUAGCACGGCGUUAAUAUGUUUACACGAAGUGCGUGCAUUAGGGCCUGCAAUUCAUGCAUGCAGCCCGUGAUCACGUUGAACUUUAGCUCCUUACUAUAUAAAGGCCUGGCGCAGACGAUUGAAAACUGGCAAAUUAAAACACGUAAUAUGUCUAUAGGUCAGAAUAACGACAGGAAAAAAAAACCCUACGCACAUUCAGCGAAAAUGAAAGUCAGCAUUCGCCGACACAAUAAGAUAUCGUCAGACGAGAAUCGGUUAAGUUCUAAUCAGAAAAAUAAGCUGAAAACGCAAUGCAAGAUAUUGGCUAGGAAAUUUAAGCUUGCUUGCCAGCGCUUGGUGGUCGAAGAGUUUGGCGCCGAGAAUUUAAAAGAGGACGAUAAAAAGAAAAUUUCGACAACAUGCCAGGAAUUAGCCGAACAAGAAAAGUGUCAACUGCUGGAAGAGCUCGAGAAUCUGAGAGCUCAAUGCGAAACUUUGGGCAAACAGGAGCAUCCUAACAAAUUGGCCGAGCUAGAAAAACUAAACAAUGAAGCGACCGCUCUCGGUGAGCUAUGCACAGAAUUAUAUCAGCAGCAGGAGAGCUAUAAAUUGGCGGACGAAGAACUUAAGAAAGAGGAAAGCGAGCAGCUUCAAGAACCUACGAAAAAAAAAACACGAAAGAUGGAUAAAGCGGGGAUGUUAGAAAAACACAAAAAGCAAAAGCAGAAGCUUAAAAAACUAUCCAAGGAAUUGGCCCAGAAAGAAAUAUGUGCUAAGCUGGAAAAACAAACGCAGGAAUCCAAAAAAUCGGCCGAAGAGGCAAAAGCUAAGUCUGAGAAAAGCAAAAGUAAUUCAAAGCAGAAAAGCAAUGAAAAACCUAAUAAAAAAGAGCAGCUUGAUGAACAGAGUAAGAAUAUGGCCCAGAAAAACGAAAAGAAGGGAAAGCAAGGCCAGGGGCAGGCCGAAAAGGAAAACUGCGAGGAAUCGGCCAAGUUAAACAAAUUGAGGAUGGAGAAGGAGCAGUUCGAAAGGCAGUGUAAGAUAUUGGAAAAGCUGGAAGAGCUGAAGAAACAGUGCAGAAUAAUGGCUGAAAAAGCUAAAUGUAACUCCAAAAAUGAGAAAGCUGGUGAAGACGCAGAAAAUUCUGAGAAGCAAGGCACGGCUGUCGGAGAAGUGAAGAAAUGCAAAGAAUUGGACCAAAAAGAACAGCAAGAACAAGAGAAGGAAAAAGGUCAGGCGAAAAAAUGCAAAGAAAUGGCUGAAAAAGAAAAAUGCGCUCAGUUAGCUAAGCUUGAAAAAGAAAAGAAAGAAAAAGAAGCUCAGGCGAAUAAAUGCAAGGAAAUGGCUGAAAAGGAAAAAUGCUCUAAAUUAUCCAAGCAAGAAAAAGAGAAGAAAGAAAAAGAGGGUCAGGCGAAGAAAUGCAAGGAAAUGGCUGAAAAAGAAAAAUGCGCUAAAUUAGCUAAGCAAGAAAAAGAAAAAGAAAAGGAAGCUCAGGCGAAAAAAUGCAAAGAAAUGGCCGAAAAGGAAAAAUGCGCUAAAUUAGCUAAGCUUGAAAAAGAAAAGAAAGAAAAAGAAGCUCAGGCGAAUAAAUGCAAGGAAAUGGCUGAAAAGGAAAAAUGCUCUAAAUUAUCCAAGCAAGAAAAAGAGAAGAAAGAAAAAGAGGGUCAGGCGAAGAAAUGCAAGGAAAUGGCUGAAAAAGAAAAAUGCUCUAAAUUAGCUAAGCAAGAAAAAGAAAAAGAAAAGGAAGCUCAGGCGAAAAAAUGCAAAGAAAUGGCCGAAAAGGAAAAAUGCGCUAAAUUAGCUAAGCUUGAAAAAGAAAAGAAAGAAAAGGAAGCUCAGGCGAAUAAAUGCAAGGAAAUGGCUGAAAAGGAAAAAUGCUCUAAAUUAUCCAAGCAAGAAAAAGAGAAGAAAGAAAAAGAGGGUCAGGCGAAGAAAUGCAAGGAAAUGGCUGAAAAAGAAAAAUGCGCUAAAUUAGCUAAGCAAGAAAAAGAAAAGGAAGCUCAGGCGAAAAAAUGCAAAGAAAUGGCCGAAAAGGAAAAAUGCGCUAAAUUAGCUAAGCUUGAAAAAGAAAAGAAAGAAAAGGAAGCUCAGGCGAAUAAAUGCAAGGAAAUGGCUGAAAAGGAAAAAUGCUCUAAAUUAUCCAAGCAAGAAAAAGAGAAGAAAGAAAAAGAGGGUCAGGCGAAGAAAUGCAAGGAAAUGGCUGAAAAAGAAAAAUGCGCUAAAUUAGCUAAGCAAGAAAAAGAAAAAGGGCAGGCGAAUAAGUGCAAGGAAAUGGCCCAAAAAGAACAAUGUGAGAAGUUAGCUGAGCUUGAAAAAGAAAAGAAAGAAAAUGAGGAGUUUAAAAUGCAAUGUCAGAUAUUGGAAAAGCUAGAAGAACUGAAGAUGCAGUGCAAAAAAUUGGCUGAGAAGUCGAAAAAAAAGCCAACGAAUAACAAAAGUUGUUUAAGUCCAGAGGAUCUUAGAAAGCGAUGCAUGGAAAUUUCUCUAAAAUUAGAGUGCGAGAAAUUAAAUAAGCAAGAAAUGGAAAACAAGGAAAACGGAGGCCAGGAUAAGCAGUGCAAGGAACUGGCCCAAAAAGAAAAAUGCGGUAAGUUAGCUAAGCUCGAAAAAGAAAAAAAAGAAAAGGAAGCUCAGGCGAAAAAAUGCAAGGAAAUAGCCGAAAAAGAAAAAUGCGCUAAAUUAGCUAACCAAGAAAAAGAAAAAGAAAAGGAAGCUCAGGCGAAUAAAUGCAAAGAAAUGGCUGAAAAGGAAAAAUGCGCUAAAUUAGCUAAGCUUGAAAAAGAAAAGAAAGAAAAGGAAGCUCAGGCGAAUAAAUGCAAAGAAAUGGCUGAAAAGGAAAAAUGCGCUAAAUUAGCUAACCAAGAAAAGGAAAAAGAAAAGGAAGCUCAGGCGAGUAAAUGCAAGGAAAUGGCAGAAAAAGAAAAAUGCGCCAAAUUAGCUGAGCAAGAAAGAGAAAAGAAAGAAAAAGAAGAGCUUGAUAAGAUGUGCAAAGAUUUUGCUCAAGAGGAACAGUGCGAUGAUAAAAAACAAAGCGUGAUACUAACAAAACUUGAAGAACUGAAAGAACAUUGCAAGAAAAUUUCUAAUAAAGCUACGCCUAAAACCGAGGCAAGUAGUGUCGAUCAAAGUCUAUGCAAGGAAAUGGCCGAAAAAGAAAAAUGCGCUAAAUUAGCUAAGCUUGAAAAAGAAAAGAAAGAAAAGGAAGCUCAGGCGAAUAAAUGCAAGAAAAUGGCCGAAAGAGAAAAAUGCGCUAAGUUAGCCAAGUUUGAAAAAGAAAAGAAAGAAAAAGAAGCUCAGGCGAAUAAAUGCAAAGAAAUGGCUGAAAAGGAAAAAUGCGCCAAAUUAGCUAACCAAGAAAAAGAAAAAGAAAAGGAAGCUCAGGCGAAUAAAUGCAAAGAAAUGGCUGAAAAAGAAAAAUGCGACAAAUUAGCUGAGCAUGAAAAAGAAAUGAAAGAAAUCGAAGAACUCUUUAAACAAUGCAAGAAACUAGCUGAAAAAGAACAGUGCGCUAAAAACGAAACAGAGAAUGAAAAGGGAGGCCAGGCGAAUAAAUGCAAGGAAAUGGCUGAAAAGGAAAAAUGCGCUAAAUUAGCUAACCAAGAAAAAGAAAAAGAAAAGGAAGCUCAGGCGAAUAAGUGCAAAGAAAUGGCUGAAAAGGAAAAAUGCGCUAAAUUAGCAAACCAAGAAAAAGAAAAAGAAAAGGAAGCUCAGGCGAAUAAAUGCAAAGAAAUGGCUGAAAAGGAAAAAUGCGCUAAAUUAGCUAAGCUUGAAAAUGAAAAGAAAGAAAAAGAAGCUCAGGCGAAUAAAUGCAAGGAAAUGGCUGAAAAGGAAAAAUGCGCUAAAUUAGCAAACCAAGAAAAAGAAAAAGAAAAGGAAGCUCAGGCGAGUAAAUGCAAAGAAAUGGCUGAAAAGGAAAAAUGCGCCAAAUUAGCUAACCAAGAAAAAGAAAAAGAAAAGGAAGCUCAGGCGAAUAAAUGCAAAGAAAUGGCUGAAAAGGAAAAAUGCGCUAAAUUAGCAAACCAUGAAAAAGAAAAAGAAAAGGAAGCUCAGGCGAAUAAAUGCAAAGAAAUGGCUGAAAAGGAAAAAUGCGCUAAAUUAGCUAACCAAGAAGAAGAAAUAGAAGCUCAGGCGAAUAAAUGCAAAGAAAUGGCUGAAAAAGAAAAAUGCGCCAAAUUAGGUAUUUCAUGCUAUCAAGGAUGUCAUAGAGUAUGA